AAAUUAGGCAAGGUGGGAAGGGUGCCACACCCUAACGAAGGCACGAGUGAAUAGCAAGGCACGAGUAGAGAGCAAGACCGAAGCAACAACUCCAAUCUGCAGCCCUUCCGCUGUCACCCAUUGCCUCGAUCGAACUAGGAAGGCGCCAUGACAAGAGCAGUCCGUAGCGCCUGCACGGCCGAAGUAGACAGAUCACAACCUAUCAACAAUGAUCCACUCGGACUAUCUUCCGAAUGAAAACUCUUCACGUUGGACAGCGUGUUGUCUCGAUAGCACGUUGAAGCACAUGGCUGAAACGGAGGAGCCUGAGGUGGUGGUGGUGGUGGGAUCUCCGUCCAGGAUGCAUGUCCAAGCGAUCAUCUCUGGCCGCGAAACGGCCUCCGAACUCCAAGAUUUCCUGCCUGGCUCCCAUGCUUACGAGCUUCGCCAUGGCAAACGACGCAGUGACGUUUACUUGGCCGUUGGAGCGGCGUUGACCCUCGUUUUAUAGGCGUGACCGGAUCAAACUGUCCAAACCAUGGAUAAGCACUGACGCACCAACACCGCUAAGAUGAAGACGAGGUCACGAACGCCGCCGCCGUGACAAGUGGGUCAUCGCGGUCACACCACUCUGAUUACCAAAAUGGACGUCGCUAGGAGAGUGCACAGAGCUUCUUGGAUAAGUAUUUUCUACCUUACACUUGAAGGAUA